GAAGUAAGUAGUUCUCAAAACGACAUCGUUGAAAGAGUAGGAGUAAAGCGAUGAAGAAGUGGAGUAGAUCGAUGUAGAAGAAGAGCUGAAAGAACUCCUCGCCGAUCACCGUGUAUUGGAGGUCAUGGCGGAAAGUGAGCCCCCCAAAAAGAAAUCUCGACCAAUCGUCCGUAUUGGCAUCCUUCUUAUCUCUCACAGCCUCCUUGUGAGUGUCAUUUGUUGUACCGGUGGGGUUUUGACUCUUUUGCUGUUACCUGUUCUCGCCAAGAGCACCUACUUCUCCGAAAAUGCACUAAUGCCUGGUUCUGCCAGUCCCAUGCUCUCUAACCAGGAUGUCUCGGAGGCAAAUAGCUUCGUGAAGGAGAUAACCAGUUUGGAUUCUAAGCUUAUGAGCACAGGCAUAGAAAUUCCAAGACAGAUAGCGCAGCGUAUGGCGGAGUUUGGUGCUGAAGUUAGUUAUCACAAGUUUUACGCUCAAAUUGACAAGUUUCAUCCACUGCACUUUUUUUCUAGCCCUGACCCUGGAAUAAUCCACGAGAACUAUAGUUGUUCAGCUUAUGGUGUCAAUACUGUUGGAAUUAUUAGAGCUCCUCGUGGUGAUGGAAAGGAAGCUAUUGUCUUGGUGACACCUUACAAUUCUGUUAAGAUUACUUUGGGUGAAGCUGUGUCAUUAGGUAUUGCGUACUCAGUAUUCUCUUUACUCAGCCGAGUUACAUGGCUCGCCAAAGAUAUUAUAUGGCUCGCUGCUGAUUCACGGCAUGGAGAAUAUGCUCCAGUUGCUGCUUGGCUUAGGGAUUAUCACACGCCUUUAUUUGGUGGUUUAGGGAAACUACAUUCUGAAACAUGUCGUGAAAGCAGUACUCCGUUUGAGUCAGAAGGGGGACCGAUGUCAGGAACUCAAAUAUAUGAUGUUUCAGGACGUGCUGGAACAAUGGCUGCUGCUCUUGUCAUUAAGGUUGCAGAUAGAAAUGAGGAAGUAGAGAAGGACACUCUUAGCAUCUAUGCUGAGGCAUCCAAUGGGCAGAUGCCAAACCUGGACCUCAUCAAUGUUGUGGACUAUUUGGCAGCACAUGGACAAGGUUUGCAUGUUAAGGUGAAAAAAUUGAGGUCUUUACUUGACUCUAAGUGGCUCAAGAUUCUGGGUGAAAUAUUUGAGUCACUAGGGAAAUUGGCUAGAAGCUUAAACCCCCAAUGGAAAUUUGAUAUCCCUGUUGCAGAAUAUAUUGAAGGCACUUCUACACUUGCUAGUUCAUUAUAUUACCAGGCAUUAGGUGUCCCCACUGGUCCACAUGGUGCUUUCCGUGAUUAUCAAGUUGAUGCCAUUACUUUAGAGAUUUUGCCCAAGCUUUCUCUUGAUAACAAGGACCGGCGAAAUGACUUUCUUCAGCGGGGUGGCCGGUUGGUUGAAGGAGUUGUACGGUCUGUAAAUAACCUCCUUGAGAAGUUUCACCAGUCAUUCUUCUUGUACCUUUUAACAUCUUCUAGAAAGUUUGUGUCAGUUGGAGUCUACAUGAUUGCUUUUGCAUUGCUCAUUGCUCCCCUUCCAAUUGUCGCAGCUUCUCUUUAUUCUGAUGCCAGUAAAUUGGAUUCCAGUUCAGAGAAAGACAAAACCACUUCUUGCCCAGACUCCGUUGAUGAGCCUGGCAUCACUUUUAAAUCUUGGAAAUGGCUUCAAGCAGCAAAAACGGUGUUUGUUGUACACUUGUGGGGUGGUGUUGUUUCAUUACUUCCCUAUUUUAUCUGUCAAAUACCCGAUUGCACUCCAACAACCAGCAUUUUGAUAUGGGUCAUGCUUUCAGUGUUUAGCCUUAUUGUCUUGCACUUCACCUUGGGUCUCCCCUUUACACUUAUCAGCGUAUCUCAAUCUCAAAGAAGAGAUUGGGCUCUCUUAAAAUCGGUAACAAUUUUAGCUGCUGUCAUUGGACUCUGCCUGAUGUCGAUCAUUAACUUUGCCGCAGCAGAAAUUGGAUCUCUGUUUGUGGUGCCAAUUUGUUUGAUGGCCACUCCCUUGAGGCUCGAUGUUAAAAGUCGUCGGACUUUGAGGGCUUUCACCAGGAUAUCUUGUAACGUGCUUUUGCUUCUCAUCGGGUUUCCUCCAGCUGCAUUUAUUUUGUUCAAAGGUGCAGUUGAAGGUACCAGCAGUGUCAACGUUGGUGGCUUCUGGAGUUGGCUCGAGUCUCUUUGGGCAUGGAACAGUGCCACAUACCUCUAUAUAUGUAUGGUUCACCUUCCUUGCUGGGCAUUAUGUGCUUACAUUUUUCUACAUCGUUGUUGACUCUCGUCACUUUUUGUUGUAGCAUUAUUUCAUCAGCAAAACAGAAUAUAAUGGUUUUGUUUUCCCCUCGACGUAGAAUGUGUAUUAUUAGGACUGGCCCUUUCAGUUGGAAUUUGCAAUUAAACUCGAGGUCUUUUCAUAUGUUGAGGUUGGUGCUACAGCCCUAUCAAUCUGUAGUUCUGUACUGAUUGGCCAUCCUCACAAAUUACCAUGGGGGAACCCAUUACCUUCUGUGAGGUAAAUUUUUUGUGCAAUGUGGGUGGUGUUGAUGUGUUUUCUUUGGGUUAAAUUAGAUUUGAAACCACUGUCAACAAAGGUGUUUGCUUGUAGGUGCUGUUAAAAGUGCAUUGUAAUAAAAGAUGGGUGAUGAAGACCUGGUGUCUACACAAUAUUAUUUGUGUAAUUUUCUCUUUUUGUCAUCAUCAAAUAAGAUGCUGCAAUUUUAAAA